AUGGCAACCAAAGACGGAAGCACCUACUCGCCCGUGGGCCGUCUGUCCUCCGAGUCGGGCACCGGCUUCUUGACUGGCUCUCACCGUGAGCGGUCCCCGAGGCAGCGUACCUGGGCCGGCCCUCGCGUGACCCUUCUCCUCAGCGCAGCCCUACUCGUCAGCAACGGCAUCUGGGCUGGCAUAUUUGGUGGCUACAACAUAGCAUCAAAGCACGAGCACAUGUCGGCGUCACCAGAGAUGGACAUGCUCAACCACGCGGACCAUGACCGCCUGUCGACGGCCUUCCACUGGAACACGCCCUUCAGUGAUGAUAACAAAACCGUCUCGAACCCACUCUGGUCCGGGCUCUUUCCCCGAGGUGCGGGACUCGUCACCGUCGAGAAGGACUGGGCUACGGCACAACACCUGCCACAGAGCCUCGCCAACCCCGGAGACGACAACUCGUCCGUCUAUUUCGUUGCUGGAUUCCAUCAGCUUCACUGCGUGACCGUCGUCCGCGCCGCACUCUAUCACUUCAAAGAGGGCAAAGAGCAAACCGUUCCCUGGAAGCACGUCACACACUGCCUCGACAGCCUCCGCCAGCUCGUGCAGUGCAAGGCCGACGCCGCGCUGCUGUACACCGAGGACACCAACGUGUUUGGCGACGGCCAGAUCCACCAGUGCAACGACUGGACUGCGCUGACGAUUUGGGCCUCGGAUCAUGCUUUUGAGCAGCAACUCCCGCCAUCGCCAUGA